AUGAUAGAGCGGUUUUUGGAAAUGUGUGACAUUAUUACCCCAGUUCUAUUGAGAGAUACAAAAGCACCACUGUUGCCUUAUGCAAUAGAAAUGGAGAGUGGAAAGCAACUAGUGGAAUUGCUGAGGCCUCUCGAAUAUAUAACACGGGAACUGUCUGGGGUAAAGUACGUUACAAUUUCCAAAAUUAUCCCGACGAUAAAACAGCUUGAAUCCAUUAACCCCCUACAAGAAGAUGUAAGUGCAACAAAAGAAACUCUUCCUUUAGAAUGCAAAAAGAGAUUUGGCAAGAUCGAACAAUGUCUUCCAAUUGCAUUUGCUACCUUAUUGGACCCUAGGUAUUUUAAUGAUGCUACUGCUUGUGGAAAUGCAAUUUCUCAAUUGAAGAGAAGAAUAAUGUAA